CACCUAUACGCCAUGGCCUCUGAACCAAUCACUGCCCCCUACGCUGCUCCCGAUCAACACGCCAAUGCCCAGGGGGUUGCGGAACACAUCACGCUCUACAGUGGUCGCAAGGCACCUCUGCGCCUGCAUAUCCUCGUCGUCGGGUGCGGAUUAGGCGGACUAGCCGCCGCUCACUGUCUCGCACAGGCAGGGCACAAGAUAACGCUUGUCGAGGCUGCACAUGCUAUUGGCGAGGUCGGAGCAGGCAUCCAGGUCACCCCUAACGUCACACGUCUCUUGCGCAGAUGGGGCCUCGGCGACGCCGUCGAGAAGAUUGCCGUCCGCCCUGAAGCGAUCGUCUUCCGGAGGUACAGUACCGGCGAGCGGGUGGGCUACACUAAGUGGGGCGAGCAGAUGGAGGACUACGGCGCGCCUUACUACCACAUACAUCGCGCUGACUUCCACAAGCUGCUCUUCGAUUUGGCCACACCGAACGUGACCUUACGGCUCAAGUCGACUGUCGUAGGGGUCGACCCCGAUGCGCCUUCGCUAACUCUGGCUUCCGGAGAAGUCAUCCACGGCGACUUAAUCAUUGGCGCCGAUGGCGUCAAGAGCUACGUCCAGCAGGUAGUCCUUGGUCGCGUGAACCCUGCGCAGCCGACCGGCGACGCCGCUUACCGAGCCAUCAUUCCGACAUCGGUCAUGCUCGAAGAUCCUGACCUUAAGCCUUUCGUGGACACUCCGGAGAUGACAGCCUGGAUGGGCCCCGGUACACAUUUGAUGGCGUACAACAUCCGCGCCAAACGCGAGUUCAAUAUGGUGCUGCUGCAUCCCGAUGACGGUUCGGUGGAGUCCUGGUCCGCAGAAGGCAGCGCGGAGAAAAUGCGGGCCGAUUUCAAGGACUAUGAGCCACGAGUCCAAAAACUACUCCAACAUGUCAGCUCUACGCUGAAGUGGCGUCUUAUGGACCGUCAACCCCUUGAGAAAUGGGUGCACACUUCGGGACGCGUCGCUUUGCUUGGCGACUCCUGCCAUCCCAUGCUUCCCUAUCGUGCCCAGGGUGCCGCGAUGGCAAUCGAAGACGCAGCCGUGCUCGGCAGCCUCUUCUCACGACUGUCUCACCCCUCACAAAUCGCGCCCCUGCUUUACGCGUACCAAAGCUUGCGACUCAACCGGACCGCGGACACUCAGGCGUCGUCGCGCCUAAACCAGCGCAUCUUCCAUUUGCCGGACGGUCCCGACCAGGAGGCUCGCGACGCGGACAUGCGCGCGGCCAUGGACGCCGAGUUCCGCAUGCUGCGCGGCGAGAACGUCGACGUCACCAGCGAGGGCAGCACAAAUCAGUGGGCGGACCGCAAGAAGAACGCGAUCCAGUUCGGGUACGAUGCAGAUGUGGCCGCCGAUAGGUGGUGGGCCGAGGUCGGAGCAAAGGAGAUCGGCAGCCUGAGUUCGCAGCAGCCGAUUAAGAUGAAUGGCCGACUCUGAUCUCCUCAUUAGCUUGUAUCUGAUUUCGUAUAUUCCACUGCCAUCGACAUAUGUCUCUUCGCUGUUGUCGUGCUGCGCAUUCAACUGUACGAGUACGCACGUAUUCUAACAGGCGGCUUCUGCACUUAGUAAUAAUUCAGUACAUCCACUUCCUGUUGUACAUGUAAUAUAGAUACAGGACAUACAUCAUUUCAGUACGUCUAUUGCUCGCUGCAAGACCUCAGCGGCCUCCCACACCUUCAGCCAGUCUCCUGGAGGCCGACGUUCGACAAUGCACUCGCCACGUGCAUGGUCUUGCUCGCCGAUAUACUUCACUACGACGGCCACAUACCUCUCUUCGCCGCGUUCGAUUUCAGUACGCACGAAUUUCCAUCCGAUGGGGCGUCUUCCUUGAAUACGGACUACAUCGCGCAAGACGUCGUACUCAAUCUCCUUGAAGUCCAUGCCCAUGCCGGACCCGAGUGCCUUCGAGUAGGCUUCCUUUAGCGUCCAGAUGAGGAAGAAGCGACGUAUGGCAUCGUUCGUGUCAAGAUACGGAUCUUGCAGCAGAGUCAGCUCGUACGUGGUGAGCUGUUCGCUUAUACUCUCCACGAACUCUGAAUAUGUUAUGCGGCCAGGUUGCUGCAGCCGCAUGACAUCGAUGCCUAGCCUGUACGCAGGAGGGUUCGGGUAUAGGUCUUCCCCAGUGGCAAAUGCCAUUGCGACGCAUCCGUUGUCGUGGGUGAUGUUGUAGCCAAGAGGUUCACCUAAGCCCU